CGGAUGCCGAGAACUAGAUGACUGCUGCAGUGUAACGCUGCCAGAAGAACCAAAAGGACAGAAAAAAAAGCCCCCUUUGGAGCCAACAUACCAUGACAGACAAUGCCAACACUUCCUACUGUGCUGUGAACAGAGACUUGGAACCAUUCACAUAUUUCUAUUGGCUGAUAUUUAUGGUUGGGUUUUUUGGAAGUUGCUUUGCUCUGUGGGCAUUCACUCGGAAAGACACCAGCCAGAAAUGUAUCAGCAUAUACCUCAUCAACCUGCUGGUAGCGGACUUCCUACUGACUUUGGCCUUGCCGUUUAAGAUAGUGGUGGACUCGGGUUUAGCAUCUUGGAAGUUGAAGAUCUUUCACUGCCAAGUAACAGCUUGUAUCAUUUACAUCAGCAUGUACAUAUCCAUUAUAUUCCUAGGAUUUGUCAGCAUGGACCGCUGUCUCCAAACUAUACAGAGUGCUAAAUUGUACCAGAUACAGAAGAGGGGAUUUGCUAAAAUGCUAUCAACAGUUCUUUGGGCUCUAGUACUGUGCAUAAUGUUACCCAACAUGCUGAUCCCUAUAAAAGACAUUCCAGAGCGUGGAGUUGUUGGAUGCAUUGACUUCAAGCAGCAGCUGGGCAGAGACUGGCACAUGCUCAGUAACUUCAUCAGCCUUGCUAUAUUUUUCAACUGUUCUGGAAUCAUUUUGAUCUCUAAUUUUAUUACUAUUAAAAGACUUUACAGUAAAAAAGAUUGCGAAGAAUUUAAGGACCUCAAAGCAGCCUUGGUACAAAUCUUCCUUGUAACAGCGGGGUACGUCGUAUGCUUCCUUCCCUACCACAUUGUGCGGAUCCCAUAUACCUUGAGUCAAAAUGAUGUGCUCACAGAAUGCAGUCUGAAACAAGUGCUCUUCCAUGCAAAAGAGUCAACAUUGUUACUCUCAGUUUCCAAUCUUUGCUUUGAUCCUAUUGUGUACUUUUACUUUUCCAAAAACUUCAGGUCCAAAAUAACCAAAACGUUCUCCAUAAAGAAAGAGGUUAGAGCGGUGUCUGGAGAUAGUGCUACUAUGGACACAGCGGUGUAGUACAACAACCUCACAUCGAUACAUGAGUUAUAGAUCCUCAAUCCUGCUAUGUGGUGUGCUACUAUGGACACAGCGGUGUAGUACAAUUACCUCACAUCGAUACAUGAGUUAUAGAUCCUCAAUCCUGCUAUGUGGUGUGCUACUAUGGACACAGCGGUGUAGUACACCAACCUCACAUCGAUACAUGAGUAAUAGAGCCUCAAUCCUGCUAUAUGGGGUGAGGAAUCUGACUUCCUUCUACAAGACGACAGUGUGCGCCUCAAUGUACUCUAAGUAUAACAUAAUUUAGUUGUGAAUAUAAUUAAAGUGACAUUGGGGGUCAUUCAGGUGCGGUUGGAUUUGCUAUCACCGCUGCUUCCUUGGAAGCAGCAGUGAUAGCGCUGUAGGGUAAUGCAGCAAGAGGUGUAUAUUACAUGCAGAUGCCUCCUGCUGCAGUUGUGAUACGAGGUGCGUCCUAGGAUGCAGCAUAGGAUCUCUCUCCCACCAUCGGGUUAUCUUGUGGAACCCGUGGUGCUGUGCAACAUGCCCAUCGCAGAGGUCUCUUCCCACCCCCUAAACAGUGGCGACACACCUCCAUUUUCACAACCGGAAGCCAUCGCCACCUCCACCCUGCCCCCCAGAAGGCAGCAGGCUGUUAAUCACUGACAGUGUGCUGCCACUAUGCUUCCUAUAUUGUAGGACCCAUUCGCUCAUGCGCAAAGUACCAAAACCUGAAUGAGGCCCAUUGUGCUUCAAAUGAUCUGUUAGACAGAAGUGAUUUUCAGCUUAUAUUCAGUACAGCGUAACCAUACCUCCCAACUGUCCCAAAUUUUUGAGGGACAGACCCAUUUUUCGGGCACUGCCCCACUAACCUGUCCACAGGCCGCAGUAUAACGUGGUGGGGGAGAAGUUGGGAGGCCCCCAGGCACUCACUGCUCUGCUUAGCAGUAAAUUGAUGCUGUGCGUACGCGUACAGCAUCUAUUCACAGGACAAGCGAAUGGGGGCAUGGCCAGCAGCUGCCAGAGCACUAGUCAUACCUCCAUAGUGCUGGAAAACCGGACGCUCGGCUUGCAGUUGUGGUAUUACCGCAAAGCCAUUUGUACAGCGCAAUGGAAUUUGCUGCGCUAUAUAAGAAACUGUUAAUAAAUAAAAUAAAUAAAGCCAUGCCCCCUGUUCGCUGAGGCCACGCCCCAUUUUCAGACACUCACAGGAGACCCGAAUUCCAUUAAAAAAAUUAUGUGAGAUAUGGUGUAACCCAGAUAUAUACCGGACUGUUAAUAAACCAGUUAGAUGCCUUUUGUACAAGAAUAAAGAUAAGGUACUGAUGAAACCAGCUGAUGUAUACAUCAUAACCUAAAAUAUAAUUUUGCAGUCUCUUUAUUCUCAUUAUCCUAUAAACAGGAAGACAAAGAUGCAAUUUCAUUACUUUGGAUGCAAAACUAUUGUUUCUGCCCUAAUGAAUGCAAUUGAGUUGAAAAGCUGUUUGAUUGGUCUGGCUUUUGAUCAUUACAAAGGAAUGUAGGCAAGCGGUCACUGACUGCCCACACAGCAAGGCCUCUCCAGUGAUCCCGACUGGAGGCAUGGCUGCUAAAUAACCAGGUCUGUGUCAUUUUUGCCCACCAGAUAAACAAUGGACAAAUGGGGAGAUGUAUUAAGCAAUGAAAAAAGUGGAGAAGUUGCCCAUAGCAACGACCAGCUUUAGGUAGCCAGAGCUGGCCCUAACCAAUAUGAUGCCCUAGGCAAUUUUUUGGCUGGUGCCCCCCCUAGCACCGCCGCUAGUUCUGCAGAAGAUCCCUGGCGUGAGUCAGCUGGCAGCUCUGCUAAUGUC